AGUCUAUUUAUAAAUUCGAUAUUUUUUUUUUAUUUACAUCUUAAAUUCUUUGUGAGUGAUAAUUUUCAUAAGUGAUAAAGUUUCUCCUUACAGGCUUAUCUCCUCGAAAAUUAUGAGUGAUACGAUAACAUCGUAAGUGUAUGUAAGUGCAGUGUUAACGUAACACUACAAUAGAUUGUUGAGUUACAAGCAUGUGGGGAGCAUGUUGCUUUAUACUGCUGAUCCUGUGCCAAGUCCAGGGUUCACAGAGAAUAGAGCCCCUGGUGCAGACUGAAGUUGGGUUGAUACGAGGUCUACAGGCAGAAGAUGGGGAUUACGCAAUGUUUUUGGGCGUUCCGUACGCGAAGGUCAACGAAGAUAAUCCUUUCGGGGAAGCUCAACCAUAUCCGAAAUUUACCGAGACUUUUGAAGCACUUGACGAUUCAGCAGUAUGUCCUCAAACUGAUUUAUUUUCGAAGCAAUUAGUAGGAACAUUAGACUGUCUACAUCUGAAUAUUUAUGUCCCGAAUAAGGCUACGAGUCAAAAUAAACUACCCGUUAUCGUUUGGAUACAUGGCGGAGGAUUUUCUUUUGGAUCUGGCAAGAGAGCCGAAUUUGGCCCGAAAUUUUUAGUGAGACACGACGUUGUUUUAGUUACAAUCAACUACCGCCUUGGUGUAUAUGGAUUUAUGUGCUCAGAUUCGGUUGAAGUACCGGGAAAUCAAGGCUUAAAAGAUCAAUAUAUAGCCUUAAAAUGGGUAAAGACUAAUAUAGCUUCAUUUGGGGGUGACGAAAACAAAAUAACAGUCAUGGGUGAGAGUGCUGGGAGCAUGUCUGUUGAUUACCAUUUAUUAUCAAAAAGAGAAAAGUUUUUCAAGCGCGCUAUUCUGCAAAGCGGAUCUGCGCUUUGUCCUAAAGAAUUUGUUCAAUCUGACGAUAAAGCAGCAAUGAAAAUUGCUAAACAUCUAGGAUUCGAAACUGAUAAUAUUAUCGAUGCAAUAAACUUUUUGUCAAAACAAAACGAGAAAGUCGUUAUAAGCACAACACAGGAAUUAAACAUGUAUUUUAGAGCAUGCGCGGAAAAAGAUUUUGAAAAUGUGGAAAAAUUUGUUUCCGAAGAUCCAGGAAUCACUACACCGGAAGUUAAGGGAAUUUCAAUUCUAAUGGGUUACAAUAGUCAUGAGCAAAUGGGUGUAUAUUCUAAUGAUACCAAAGAGUUUUAUGAUAGCUUAAAGAAUUUCUUGUACAAUGAUGGGGAUGAAUUUGUGGACGAGGACAAUGUCGUAAGACACUUUUACAUAGGCGAUGAAGAAAUAUCUGUCUCCAAGAAAAAAUCUUUGAUUGCUUUUGCAUCCGAUUACAAAUUUAAUCAUCCUAUUCAAAGAAGUGUUAUUAGAUAUAAUCAAAGUGAAGUUGAAAGCGUAUAUCAUUACGUAUUUUCGUAUAGUGGGGAAAGAAAAAUGAUACAAAGAUUACUCAAUAUUGCUGAAGGAGGCGCAUCCCAUGCAGAGGAAUUAGGUUAUUUAUUUGACUUUAACAUGUUUCCUGGAGAACCAUCGCCAGAAGAUCAAUUGAUGAUUGAUAGAAUGACGGCCAUGUGGACUAACUUCGCUAAAUAUGGUGACCCAACACCAAAUGUAACCGAUCUUCUUCCUGUUAAAUGGCUACCUGUCAGUAACUAUCUAUAUGCUCUGAAUAUUAACACCUCUGGGAAAAUGCAUAAACGACCAUAUCACUCAAGAAUGGCGUUUUGGGACCUUUACUUGAAAGCAUAUCCUGAAAAGUUUUCAACAACAAGCGCUUCUGUCAAUUAAAAAAAUAAGAAUGGUGAGGACCAUGAAGCAAGGACAAAUCAAGUAAUCGGUAAAUCUUCUGGAUUUACCGUAUUUUCUACAAUUCAGUUACCAUACGCCAUCAGAUAAUUUCGUCACACAAUAAUCUUAACAACAAUCGAUAAUGCCUUAUAAGUUAUAACAUACCUUUCGUUAAUCUUGCCGAUAAAGACUUAAGUUUUUCUUAGAUGCUUCGACCAACCCAUGGUGGUCAGUAGAUAAGAUUUUCAGAUAUACUAUAAA